AGGAAUUCAAUGACACUUGCUGGGAGAAUGACUUCCAUCAAUGACACCCACUUCCAUCCCCCCUUGUUUCACCUGCUAGGAAUCCCAGGACUGGAAACUGUACAUAUCUGGAUUGCUUUCCCAUUCUGCAUUGUGUACCUGAUUGCCCUUGUGGGGAACAUCACCAUUCUCUUUGUGAUCAAGACUGAACACAGUCUCCACCAGCCCAUGUUCUACUUCCUGGCCAUGUUGUCUAUGAUCGAUCUGGGUCUGUCCACGUCCACCAUCCCCAAAAUGCUGGGCAUCUUCUGGUUCAACCAACAGGAGAUCAGCUUUGGGGGCUGCCUUGCCCAGAUGUUCUUUAUCCACAUGUUCACAGGAAUGGAGACUGUUCUCCUGGUGGCCAUGGCUUAUGACCGCUUUGUUGCCAUCUGCAACCCUCUCCAGUACACCAUGAUCCUCACCAAUAAAACCAUCAGCAUCCUAGCUUCUCUUGUUGUUGGAAGAAAUUUAAUUCUUGUGACUCCAUUCGUGUUUCUCAUUCUGAGGUUGCCCUUCUGUGGGCAUCACAUCAUCCCUCAUACGUACUGUGAGCACAUGGGUCUUGCCCGGUUGGCCUGUGCACCCAUCAAGGUCAACAUUAUCUAUGGGCUCAUGGUGAUUUCUAAUAUCAUUGUGGAUGUGAUCCUGAUUGCCUCCUCCUAUGUGCUUAUCCUUCGAGCUGUUUUCCGCCUUCCUUCUCAGGAUGCCCGGCUAAAGGCUCUCAAUACCUGUGGUUCUCAUGUCUGUGUCAUGCUGUGCUUUUACACGCCAGCUUUUUUUUCUUUUAUGACACACCGUUUUGGCAGAAACAUUCCCCGCUAUAUCCACAUUCUUCUGGCUAAUCUUUAUGUGGUUGUCCCACCGGCCCUUAAUCCGGUCAUCUAUGGAGUCAGGACCAAACACAUCCGAGAGAGAGUUGUGAAGAUAUUUGUACAGAAAUAA